GGGAGGCGGCGGCGGCGGCGGAAGGGAGCGCGGCGGCGGCGGCUCCUAUUUGAGGCCGGGCCGGGAGCAGGUAAAAAUGGCUGCAGAAGAGAAGUGGAACGACUGGGCUUGGAAACCGCAUAGCGCGGCCGACCAGGCAGGCGACAAGGACUCGUGCAUCCUUCUGGGCCAGCAGCUAGAGGAACCGGGAAGAUUUGCUUAUGCAGCGCUCUGUGGCAUCUCCCUAGCGUGGCUGUUCCCUGAAAAAGAGCAAAGCUCCUUCAGGAUAGAAUUCAUUGAGGGCUUGGUGAAAUGGCUGGACCUGCCUGAUGCUGUCUUGUCUGCCAUGACAGCAUUUGCCAGUGGCUUAGGAGGCGAGGGCACAGAAACUUUUGCCCAGAUUUUGCUGAAGGAUCCCAUACUGAAAGAUAAUCCCGUUGUCAUUACCCAGGAUCUUGUGUCCUUCUCUCUUAAAGACGGAUACUAUGACGCUCGAGCGAGGGUGUUGAUCUCCCACAUCACCUGGUUGCUGCGGAUCCCCUUGGAGGAGCUGGAAGCCCUGGAGGAGUCUUUGCUUGAGAGCCUGAAGGAACAAAAAGAGGAAGAGUCAGAAACUGCAGAAGUGUCACGAAAAAAGAAGGAAAGAAGAAAGAAACUGAAGAGAUACCUGCUGAUCGGCUUGGCAACCGUCGGGGGCGGAACGGUGAUCGGCUUGACAGGGGGUCUUGCUGCCCCUCUGGUUGCUGCCGGAGCUGCUACUAUCAUUGGAAGUGCUGGGGCAGCUGCUUUAGGUUCAACUGCUGGCAUUGCCAUCAUGGCAUCGCUUUUUGGAGCGGCUGGAGCUGGCCUAACUGGAUACAAGAUGAAGAAACGUGUGGGAGCCAUAGAGGAGUUUGAAUUUCUCCCCCUUACUGAAGGAAAGCAGCUUCACAUCACCAUAGCAAUUACUGGAUGGCUGUGCACCGGCAGAUACGGGAGCUUCACGGCCCCAUGGAGCAGCAUGUUGCAGUCAAGCGAGCAGUAUUGUCUGGCCUGGGAAUCCAAGUACUUGAUGGAGCUGGGCAACGCCUUAGAUUCCCUGCUGAACGGAUUUGUUAACAUGAUGGCUCAAGAAGCCCUGAAAUUCACUGUCUUGUCAGGUAUCGUGACAGCCUUGACUUGGCCAGCUUCACUCCUGACUGUUGCCAGUGUCAUUGACAACCCCUGGGGAGUGUGUCUGCAUCGAUCAGCUGAAGUAGGCAAACAUCUGGCGCAUAUACUGCUCAGCCGACAGCAGGGCAAGCGACCCGUCACACUGAUCGGCUUCAGUCUGGGUGCGAGAGUCAUUUACUUCUGCCUGCAGGAGAUGGCUCAAGAAAAAGACUCACAAGGGAUCAUUGAAGAUGUGGUCUUACUGGGAGCUCCAGUGGAAGGAGAAGCCAAGUACUGGAAAGCCAUCACAAAAGUGGUGUCGGGCAGGAUCAUAAACGGCUUUUGCAGGGGGGACUGGCUGCUGGGGUUUGUGUACAGAACCUCUUCGGUCCAGCUCAACGUUGCAGGCCUCCAGCCAGUCGACUUGGAUGACAGGAGGAUGGUAAAUGUGGACCUCUCAUCUGUACGCCGCUGCAAAACCGGCCUCGUGACUUGCAGUUAUUUCAACGUGCAGGACCAUCACGUGCGUCUCUUCCUCAACAACAGAUUCACUGUCACUUUUUGAAGUGGAAAGUAAACCAAGUCGCUGCAGUGGCAGCACCAGGAGUUGCUGAGCUGGCUGUAUGGAGAUAUUCCACCCCGAGGAGUUUGCAUUUCAUUACGUGUGUACACAAAGCCUCUGACACACCAGCAGGAAGCGGGGACUGCUGCAAAGCGAGGUGUGAUUAUUAUCCGAGCUUCAGAAGCUGCAGCUCGCUCUGUGAACUCUUUUCACCCCACGCAGAAUAACUUGCAUUGAAGUAGAUACCGUUUGUCAAAAGGGGAUCCUGUAAAUGUGAUGCCCUCCAAGCCACAUCCUGAUCCUGCUGGAACAAGGCAGCUCUGGAGAGAAGUUUUAACUUGCGGGUAUUUUUUCCCGCAUGAUGAAGUUGCUCUUUGGACGUGACAGGUUCAAAGCGAAUCCGAGGGGUGAAAUGCUCAGCCACAUGAAUGACCGGGCAUGGUGGAGAGCACUCGCUCUCUGGGAUCCUCACCGAGCCCAGAGGACGUUUCAUGGAGCCCGGCAGAAGGAGGGAAGCGGAGCCCAGCUGCUCUGGCCUUCAUGCACGUAGCCGAGAGGCCAAAGGACUUUCGGCUGAGCUCUUUUGGAUGAUGCAGCUCUGCAAAGCAAACAGCUUUAGGAGUCCUCUGUGUCCUGCUCUUCGCAUGGGCCGCUGGUACUGGCGGAGGAGCUGUUUCGAAGUAAGACAGGAUCUUCAAGCAGUCAGAUCUGAAGUGAGCAAAGACUUUUCUGCCCAUUUCGUGGAGAGAGCUGCACGGCAGCUGCCAUGGAGGCCAUUCCCGUCCCUUUCCAGACCCCGAUCUCCGCUUCCUGGCCCUCUCCGCCUGGAAAUGCUCUCAUUAAUCCAGAUAGCAGCUUCUGGGUUAUAGAGCCCAUCCUUUGCCUUGGUACGGAGACCACCAGCGGGUCGGUCUCAGGCCCAGGGACGAUGACAUUAUUUGUGUUCAAAGCACCUGUAAAUUCAGAACGGUGUUUUUAUGAGACCAUAACCAGAGGCACUGACUGUACUGAACACGAAUUCAGUGAGGAUUUAAUGGACACAGCUGAGCAUGCUCAAGGACACUUUUGACACUUUUGAGUGGAUCUGAACUUGAAAACCUUUCCGAAAGAUCUGAAAUGAUGGCUCCGUUGAGCUGAUUGAUAGAUCCACCUGAACAACGCAAUAAACUGCAGCCCUUUGGAGAUCUCUCUGUGCCAUGCUCUGGUCCUGCAGCAGAAUUAUUGAUAGAGGCAGUUGGCCUGUGUCUUCCCAUAAGUCAAAAGAACCAUAAAACUGGAUAUAAUAGAUGAGAAGUCGCCUAAGCACACAGUUAUCAUUUCCUUAUAGCAAACAUAAAUGUAUUUGUUUUGUAGCCGUGGUUACAAAAAUAACUUUUUCAUUCUGUUUGUUCAGAGGUUCCUCCUGCACUUUGUUCUCACAAAUAAACAAGCGUUUCUCUUGAAAGUUUUUAUUGUCCCUUACAAGGUUUUGAAAGGUCCCAUCCCUUCUCCAGCAUGGCCCACCCAGCAGAGGAAUGCAGCUCUUCCAAUUGCAUGGGAAGACGGGCGUCUGAGAGUGGGAAUUGCUGAGUUUUCCUACCAGGAUGGUGUCACAUCUUGAGAGUGGCAAUGCAAGCGCCCUAGCUGCUCUUUUGCCGAUGGCUCACGGAUUAAUGUCACAGCACAGCAGACCUCUGCAGAGGAGUCCUACCUGCUGUUCAGCGCCUCAGUGCUUGCAUUUGUCUUCAAAAUCCUGUCCUGGAAACAGGAGUGAGUUGCUUUUAAAGAGUUUUAAAGAGUUUUUAGCUGUAUUAAUCAGUCUACAGUAAGGGACAGACUUUCGGGAGGUCUCAGCUCCUCUUGUAGUUGCACGAGGAGGAGCCCAGCUGUCCAGAAGUGCUUAUACGCGGCAUCUCCCGGGGAUGGCGAUGCUCGAGGAAGAGGAAUUCCCCACUGUUUUGGCGGAAGCUGCUGGAUACUGAAGACUUAAGAAAAUCUAGUCCUUAGGGCGACAGAGGAAAUAUGUUCUCUGUGACUAAUGAGUAGGUAACGCAAUAAGCCACUUCUUAGAAAUCCCCAGGCGCUGGCCAAGGCAGGUAGAUGGUACUGUCACCAAGGAAUGGCUUCAAAAUACUGCAAACCAAGAGACUUAAGUCCGUUUCUGUCUUGUUUCUACCCACCUUGUCCAGCUCUCUGCUCGUUUCCCUUUUCGUCCCCGCUCCUAAGCCCCCCUCCAGAGUAGCGAAGGGCGCUUCCUUCUCCAGAGAACAACGUGCACAUCUUAACAGCCAGUCCAUUAGUGCUUCGAUGGUUCUUUUAAUUAACUAAUCUCUUCAAAAUAUCAAGAGUCUGUUGAGCCAUCUGGACCGAUGAAAGUCACAUAUUGCGUUACUAACGGGCUGAUUAAACCCUUCGUUUUGCUCCAAGUUCUACGUGUACCCAAAUGUUGCCGCUCAGAAGCUGCUGGGAGAUCUGAAUUUUGCCCUCGCCCGACACGACGUUUGCUAACGGCGUGGCGCAGAGGGCUGCUGCUAAUCCUGGUUGCUGAUGUAGCAAGAAAGACCCUUGCAGACAUCAGGAUCAGUCCGCCAAGGUCUGUAAGGGAGGCUGGCAGGGAGGUGAUAGCGCAAGUUUGGAGCAAAUAGGACCGAGCAGCUUCAGGACUGCAAUCGCAGUGAAUUUGCUGCGCAUGCAAAGGCAGAAUAGAUAUGUCUUAUUUUUUUUCUGGCUGGAUUAGGGAGGAAUUAAACUGUUCCGAUUUGCCAAAAACGCUAGAAUGGCUCAAGGUAUAAAUCAUACCCCUCCGCGGCAACCUGCAGGGCCAGCCGAUCGGCGAGCCGUGGCAAUAGCCUCAAGCCAGCAGCGCUUUCAGCUCUGCAGAAAAACCUUUAACAUACAAUAAUAUCGCUGCGGAGGGGGUUUUCUCUCCCUCCUGCGCCCUGCGAGGAAGGGUGCAUUCCAACAUCCCUAUCAGAAGGUUUUAUCUUAUCGUGGGAACCACCCCACCGUUGCACGGCUGUGUUUUUGCAACAACAUAUUGCUGACUUUAAUUUGGUUUAUGAACCCAUAACUCCUGGAUUCCCAGUUUUAUACUGUGUUCUCAAGGAAAGGUCAGUGCAUGUUUAAACAGAGGCUCCGAGCACCUCCUGGCCAAGAACCUUAACACACUUGGUGGCUGUUGUGAGAUUUAACGACUGCCUCCUAAUUUAUAUAAGGUGAUCUUUGCUUUUGCAAGGAGCCAAGGCGCAGGGCGGAGGUGUGAUUUACCCUGGGAGCUGGGAGUCGGAACGAGACUCCUCGUCUCCCGCCUGGGAGUCUCUCACCACCGCAGACCACCUCCGCUCCUACCUUGCGGCGUGCAGAGUCUGGUUUUGCAACUGAGCCACAGCCACGUGUUUAAACACCCGAACGGCCCCGGGGAGAGGCAGUGCCGGAGCGGACGGUGGUGCCCGGGUUGCGGGGCUUGGUCGGGGCGGGUUCCCCGCAGCUUCCCCGCUAACGGUGC